AUGUUUUCGAUCACGACUGUUACACAACCAUCUCUAGAUACUCAGCAUCCGUUACUUCUACUUCAAUCCUCUCAUGGGGAGAAAUAUAUGUUUGGGAAAGUCACUGAGGGGGCUCAAAGGGCUCUAACAGAAAAUAAGAUUAGAAUCUCCAAAUUAGAAAAUAUUUUUCUUACUGGUGAAUUAAAUUGGUCCUCUUUAGGUGGAUUACCUGGUAUGAUCUUAACAAUAGCCGAUCAAGGUAAAGAUAAAUUGGUAUUAAAUUAUGGUUCAGAACUUAUUAAAUAUGCAGUUUCUACAUGGAGGUAUUUUGUGUUUAGGUUUGGAAUUUCCUUAGAUACAAAUGUUUCCGGGCAGUAUAAGGACAAAUUAAUAACCGUUAAUACGAUUAAUAUUAAAUCAGGUGUUACAAAGCCUAAUCAAAUAAUGGGAAAAUCUUCCUUUGGAGAAAAAGAACAAAAACUAUUGAAUUCAAUUGUCUCUAAUAUGUUUCCUAAGUUGAUACCAACUCAUAGAUAUGAACCUUCUUCCGAUCCAUAUUUAAAUGUUGAUUUACCAAAUGUUAAUAAUAUAGAGCAUGAGUCAAUAUGUUAUGAAAUAUGUUUCAAUCCGAUAAGAGGUAAGUUUAGAGUAGAAGAAGCAAUUAAAUUAGGUGUACCAAAAGGUCCAUUGUUCGCUAGAUUGUCUAAAGGUGAAACUGUUACAUUAGAAAAUGGUACCAUUGUUAAACCAGAACAAGUUUUAGAGAAGGAAAGAACAUUCGGGAAAAUUUUAAUUAUCGAUAUACCAAACGAUUCAUACUUAGAUUCUCUGUUUUCGUACUUUGAGAAAUAUGAUAUGAAUGAUUUGAGGUGUAUAUAUUACUUCUUGGAUAAUAAAGUGACAAUAAAUGAUAAUUUAAUAACAUUUAUGGAAUUAUUUAAUAAGGAUCAGGGAAACAAAAUUAAACACGUGGUUUCUCAUCGUUUGAUAUCACCAAAUAAUAUUUCAUUUAUGGGUAGUGCUAUCACAACUUUGAAAUUAAAAGCUUUACAAAAUUAUGCGUACAAUUUACCUAUCACAAAUCAAUUGUUAUCAAAAGAGUUUUUUGAGUCCUUUGAUAAAGAGAUACCUGAUGGUGUAUCACUAAUUCAAUCUCAAGAAAGUGAUAUAAAAAAAUCAUUGAUAAAACCUAACAAUGUUCAUAUUCUUACUCAGGAUACCACAAUUCAACUAGAACCAUAUACCAAAGGUGCUGAAACAGAUCCAUGUAAUAUCUUUGAGGAUAAAACUAGAAAAUUAGAUAAACAAUUUCCUUGGAAAAAAAUUUUUACCAAGCAUUUGGAACCAUUAAAUCUUCAAAAUGUCACUUAUAAACGUUUAGUUGAGGACCAACUUAAUGUUAACAAUUUUAAUAAUAAAAUUGAAAAAAGAGAACAUGUUGAGAUUGUUACUUUGGGUACUGGUAGCGCGUUACCAUCCAAAUAUAGAAAUGUAGUAUCAACACUAUUAAAAGUGCCAUUUAAAGAUGUUCAUGGUCAUGUAACAAAUAGAAAUAUUCUACUUAAUGCAGGUGAGAACACUAUUGGGACUAUACGAAGAAUGUUUUCCAGUUUUGAUAUCAGUACGUUAUUCAAAGAUUUAAAAUUAAUCUAUUUAAGUCAUCUUCAUGCAGAUCAUCAUUUGGGUAUAGUUAGUAUUUUGAAAGAAUGGUACACACAUAAUAAGGAAGAUCAAAGUUCUAUUAUUUAUCUAAUUACUCCUUGGCAAUACAAUAAAUUUGUUAAUGAAUGGUUAAAAAUGGAAUUUCCAGAGAUUUUAUCAAGAAUUAGGUAUAUUAGUUGUGAGCACUUGGUGAAAGACAAAUUUGUAAGAAUGGAGACACAACCAAUCUCGAUUAAUGAAUAUGAAACUUUUACUCAGAGAUCAACUGCUAAACUAAAUAAAAAUAAUGUUAAUGAUGACAGAGAUAAUAAAAAAAAGAGGAAAUUGAACCUAAAUCAAAAUUCUUCCUAUAGAGAUUUAGAGACAAUCAAUGCAAUGUACAGGGAUCUUCAGAUCUUUAGAUUUGAAACAUGUCGUGCAAUCCAUUGUAAUUGGGCAUACUCAAAUGCUAUAACUUUCAGUACUAAUGAAGUAACUAAAAAACCAUUCAGGGUAUCAUAUUCAGGUGACACAAGACCCAAUAUAAAGAAGUUUGCCGAAGACAUUGGAUAUGGAUCUGAUUUAUUGAUUCAUGAAGCUACAUUAGAUAAUGAAUUACAAGAAGAUGCUAUUAAAAAGCGUCAUUGUACUAUUAAUGAAGCCAUUGAAGUCAGCAAUGCUAUGAAUUGUGAGAAAUUGAUUUUGACACAUUUUUCACAAAGGUAUCCUAAGUCACCUUCAAUUGAUGGAAAUAUUGAAAUUAAAGCUAGAGAAUAUUGUUUUGCUUUUGAUGGUAUGAUUAUUGACUGGGAAAAUUUAGGUGAACAGAUGUCUGUUUUACCUUACUUGAAUAAAAUUUUUGCAGAAGAUGCUCAACGUGAAGAAGAGGAGGAAAGAGAAGAAAGCAAAACAUUAUCUAUAUAA